AACGACGCAACGUCGCAUUUACUUUCGACUUCUUUUUCGUCGGCAUCUGAAGGUGUGUGAUAUUUUCUUCAUUUUCAAGCCCUUUGCAACUGCAGAAAUCAUGACUAAUCAUAUAGUUCAAGCUAUAGUGCUCAUCGCUGCCGUGGGAAUUGCAUUUUCAGCAACCAUUCAGCCGUACGUUCGACCAUCUUACGAGAAUAUUCCUCAGUGCUUCCAGCCACCUGAAUCAGGUCUGUGCUUGGCGUAUUUCUUGAGUUAUUACUACAACCCCUCAACACGUACCUGCGAAACGUUCGUAUACGGUGGUUGCCAGGGAAACGCUAACAGAUUUACCACCUUUGAACAAUGCAUGGCAACUUGCAAUGGAACAACCGCAACAACCAUACAUUUCGAACUCAUCACUGAGAGCAACCCCAGUGAGAAAGAAGUGCAAGAUCCAUGCACACUUCCAGUACAGACCGGUCAAUGCAGAGCUGCAAUGCCCAGAUUUUACUUCAAUGGCGAAAAAUGCGAGAACUUCAUCUACGGAGGAUGUGACGGAAAUGCCAACAAUUUUAGAACAUUAGACGACUGUGAGAAAACAUGUGCUCCUAGUUUCUCAGAACAAAGUGGUGAACAACCCAUCCAAUAAAUGCAAGUCUACGAUCAUUAUAUCCUAAAACAGAAACGUUUGUGUUGUUUAGAAGUUAUUGUUUUGUUUACAAAUAUUUAUUGCAAUAAUUCAGUCAUAAAACUUUAAUUUUUUUGUUCUUUAAAUAAAAACGUUUUGUUCUUUUC